AUGGCUGCCACGCUAACUGCCCAGGACUACCAGUUGGUUCCAGGAAGCCUGUUGACCUCCAGCUCCUCUUGCUACCAGGUGCAGUCUUUUCUUGGACAGGGCACAUGUGGAAAAGUUGUUAAGUGCAAGAGACUGGACGACAAGACGACUGUGGCCAUCAAAAUGAUUAAACUGAAGGGCUGUUAUGUAAAGGCGGCAAAUAAAGAGGUGGCUGCUCUGAAGAAAUUGAGAUCGUUGGGCACGUUCUACCUUGUCCAGUGGUACCAGUACUUUGUUGACAAAGGACACAUUUGCCUGGAGUUUGAGCACCUGGACAAAAGUCUCUUUGAUUUCAUGAGAGAACGACGUUUCAGACCUCUCCAGCUGAAAGAGAUCAGACCAAUAGUCCAGCAGAUUGCCCAUGCGCUCAACCACCUGAAGGCUGCAGGGAUUGUCCACGCAGACCUCAAGUUGGACAACAUCAUGUUGGUCGACCAGCUACGGGAGCCCUUCAGGGUCAAAGUGAUCGACUUCGGACUGGCGUGUGAGGUGUCAGCUGCCAAGUUGGGUUCCUACAUUCAGACCCGUCCAUACCGAUCCCCAGAGAUCAUGCUGGGGCAUCCCUUCACAGAGGCCAUAGACAUGUGGUCACUAGGCUGCAUUGCUGCUGCGCUGUACCUCGGGACCCAGCUCUACCCUGGAUUGGGUGAAUAUGAAAUGAUCAAACACAUCACAGAGACUCAGGGUCAGCUACCUGACACCAUGCUCAACCAUGGAGGUAAAACUCCACAAUUCUUCACAAGAAACGUCGACUCCACCUCCUCCGUCUGGAAACUCAAGACACCAGAGGAGUACCACAAAGAGAUGGGGAAGCAGCCAAUGGAGAACAGGUGGUGGAAGUUCACCUCCCUGAACGACCUCUUGCUGGCGAUACUUCAGCUUGAUCCCGACAGAAGGAUCACACCCCGUCAGGUGCUGGAGCACAAGUUCAUCAGCCUGCGCCACAUCGCCAGAAUGGAGCAUAAAAGCCACUAUGUCAGGUGCUGUUUUCAAAUGAUGGAAAUCUGUCAGAAGAAAAUCCUGACUCCUGGCAGUGGCACAGCUGUGUGUGGGCCACUGAAGCCGCCUCGGUGCACAGCUACCAACCCCGUCCAGCAGAAUCCUCCAUCUCUUGCUGAGGGGAGAAAAACUGGGCAGCCCCACCGCACCGACCUACAUCCCUGCACCACCAGCACCCAGACGAGAGGAACUGAGGGGUCAAGAAAGAGGAAGAUAGAGCAUGAUGAUAGAAACGGGCCUGCUGAUCACCGCCACAACCACAACACGGGUCCUUCAGGCAGCAGCCGGACCGAGGGUCAGGCUCUGUCGGGACUGAAAAGAAAAGGAGGCGAUCAUGGCGAUGUGCCGCCUCCCAAGAGAAACUCUCCUCCCAGGUCAGAUAGUAACAGAAGGUCCCAGGGAAACUGGGACUACAGUAGGAGCAGGGACUGUGAGAGGAGAAGAGACAGGCAUGACUUUACAGGCAGUUCCACCUGCAGAGAUGAUUCUCGGCACACUCGCCAUCAUCAGUCGGCUCAGAGGACGAGGCCUUAUGAGCACCACCACCACCACAACACAGUUCCUUCAGGCUGCACCUUGACUUAA